GUCUAGUCUUAACAACGAUACUCUACUUAUUUUAUCAGAUUAUCUCCGUUGUGUCUUAACAGUGUUACAUUGCUUGCGAUAGGAUCUGAUGAUGUGCGAUGGCGUGCUUGCCAUAUGCUUGAAACAUGCGGAGGCUGCUGGUAUACUAGAACCUGAUAACACUACGAGUAACCCGUAUAAUUCCUUGUCCCCGCAUACAUACCUAAUUACUUCUCCAAGUUGCGCCAUACUCGUAGACCGCGUCGAUUGGUAGAUGUAUAAUCUAUCGAUAGACUGUAACCCCCACCAACGCUUUGGGGUACGAAGCUUCUAUUUAAUCAGUUAAGACUACGAAACGAAUUGUAAAGGAUAUGAAUAAGAGUUUCGAUUGACACAUGUUGAGUCCCGCAAUUAGUGACUAUUUAAAAUAUGCCGGGACGUAUAAUCGAUCGCUAUGAGCACGUACCUGUAACGCACGAAGACCUUGACUGGGCCGAUCUGAUUACAUUGGACCUAAGUCUGUAUGAGCAGCCAAGAGGCAAAGAAGAGCUGGUAAAGCAGCUCGACCACGCGGUUCGAAAUGUUGGAUUCUUCUACGUGAAGAACUUCAACAUACCCCAGGAAGACGUCGACCGCCAGUUCGCUCUCGGACGAGAGUUUUACUCGCUCCCUCUGGAAGAGAAAUUGAAGUAUCAUAACAAGCAAGAUCUCGAAAGCGGCGAAUAUAAUGGGUAUAGGCCAGCGGGCCACCGAGUCCUUGGAAAUGGAGUGAAGGAUAACGUCCAAGUAUACAACAUACCCAAAUUCGAUGGCUUCCACCAGCGCGAACAACCACCCGUCCUCCAGAGUAACAUCAAGGAGAUCGAAGCAUUCUCGAGGAAAUGCCACGAGGAAGUCGUCGUUAAGCUCCUGCGCCUCUUCGCGAUAUUACUCGAGCUCCCUGAUGAGGACCAGCUAGUCCGGGACCAUCUCUACGACGUUAGAGGAGAAGAUCAUCUGCGGUACAUGCACUACGCAGCACGAAGCCAGGAAGAGAACGCCAAGGUGGCCAACCUAUACGGACCAGGCCACACGGAUCUUGGCACAGUGACUCUCCUUUUCAGACAACCAGUAGCUGCGCUGCAGAUUCUAAACUCGGCAGGAGAGUGGAAGUGGGUGAAGCCACAAGACGGCACUAUCACGAUCAACACAUGCGACGCGCUAACCGCACUGACGGGCGGCUUGAUCAAGUCCAGCGUGCACCGAGUGCACACGCCGCCUGCGGACCAAGCGCAUAUCGACCGCCUAGGCGUGUUGUACUUUGCACGCCCAAAUAACCACGUCGUGUUGGACCCGAUCGCGAAUAGCCCUCUACUGAACCGACUCGGGUUAACUAGUAAUGCCUUCACAGAGCUGGGACAGCAUUUAACCACGGAGCAGUGGGUUAAGGUGCGGCAGACUCAACAACAGCGACCCCGCGUCAGCGCCAAGAUUUCUACCGAUGGCAAAUAUGAGUACGCGAAGAAGGACUUGGAAAUCUUGCCUGGGCUACAUGCUCUGAUUCAUAACUGAGUUAGGGAUGUCUGGUGAACCUAGGAGGUAGUCACUCAAGAAUAUCUAUGCUACUAAUAUGUAUUAGCUGAAGAAAUAGAUCGCGCAAAAAUAAGUCAAAGCCACGCGUCUCUAAACCCCCUGUUUUGGAUCCUUGCCUACCUAAGGUAUCUAUUGAGGAGUGUGGCUACAAUGCGGUGAUCAAAGU